ACAAGUUGUGUGCUGAGUGCUGAGUUGUGAGAGAGGAGUGUGAGUACAUCUUUUGCUGAUAAAUCUCUUUCAUCUUUCAUUCCUGUUAACUUUAAAAGGUUUUCUUCAAUUCACUUCGACUAGAUGCAAAUCUUUCAGAACAAACAUUUGGAAAAAUCAUAAAUUGGAAACGAAAGGUUAGAGGGCAGACAAAAUAAACGCGUGUGUCAUGUCCAAUUAGCACCAAGAUCAUCCAAAGGUAUAAAAAUGAAUAAAAAACAUCAAUGUGACCCCAACGGGGACGUCUCUUCCGAAUCUGGAGAUGAAAAUCAAAAUAACGUUGAAUGUAGUCACAUAAAUAAGGCAGUUGACUUGCAAAAAAUCAAAAAGUCCCUCACUCGUACUGGAUUCCAAACAGAUUGUCCGGAAUGUGCGAAGUUACCAGCCGAUAAUGACAUGGAAGAUAUAGAAUUUGAUACUUCCUUAUGGUUGUGCUUGAAAUGUGGUAAUCAGUCUUGCGGUAGGAGUAGAAAUAAACAUGCUUUGAAACAUUUCGAGACUCCUCAUUCAGAUUCUCAUGCAAUGUGUGUCAAUACUACCGUUUGGAGUGUUUGGUGCUAUGACUGUGAUGACGAAGUUAAUAUGACCUGCAAGAAAAAGUUGCUGGAGGCAGUAGAAUUUCUUAGGAAACAAGCUGAAUCUAAUAGGAUUAAACAACAGCCCAAUGUAACUCCAUUAUCAUCUGACAGGGUUUUAGGAGUUAUUCCACUUCCAGAUAGUAAUACAGGCACUUUUCCAAAGACACUACAAUUUCAACCUUCAAACCUACCUAGAGCUAGAGGUUUAUCAAAUUUAGGAAACACAUGCUUUUUCAACUCUGUGAUGCAAUGUCUUGGCCAGACACCAUAUUUAUUGAAAUUAUUAGAAGAAACAUCAGAAGAAGGACAUUCUUUUCGUCUCCCUGGUGGCAACGUAGUGCUUGAGAACAAAGAAAUUAUGGAACUGGGACCUCUUGAAGGUGAACAUUUUUCAGGCUCCCCUGAUAAAUGGCGACUCCUAACCGCCAGCCUUGCAGAAACUUUAAGUGAACUAACUAGCGGCAGAUCCGAGGUUUACACUCCUCGAAUGCUUUUUUCUAGACUUAUCUGUAAAAUGCCUCAGUUUGGAGGUGGUGAUCAACAUGAUUCUCACGAACUGUUAAGGCAUCUCCUAGAGGCUGUACGUGAGGAAGAUCUGAAAAGAUACAAGUCAGUUAUUUUGCAAAAGUUAGGUUUCAAUUCCAAAACAGAUCCGGCAACUGUCGAAGGAGAUAAAAAAAAGAUCAUUAAAUUCUAUGGCCAACAAGCAUCUGAAAUGAUGUCACCGACAGAGCAAGUUUUCAGAGGUGUCCUUGUUAGUACGCUGCAGUGCCAAGAAUGUGGUCAUACUUCUCAUCGAGAUGAAUACUUUCUGGAUUUAAGUUUACCGAUUAGUGAAAAACAACUUCCUCCCGUGCUGAGACGAAAAGCAGAAGACCUAGACGACAAUAAACCUUCAAAACAUCAAAUCAAGAAAGAGAAGCGGGCUGAAAGAAAAAAGAACAAAAAACAAAAGAACAACAGAAGUAUUUUGAAUAAUGAAAUGAUAUUCACUAAUUCCAACCUCGUCAACAAGUCUGAGAGUGAAUCGGAUGCUGAUGUUGAAGAUAAUGUAGAGGAUCAGAAAAAUAUGCAGAGAGAGGUUGUUCCCAAAGGUAUGGAAUCGGGAUACAACUCCGACAAGAUAGACAACAGCAGUCCGGACUCAAAUAAUAGAGAAGUUUCUCCAGAUAUAAGGGUGGAUAGUGGAGUACCUAGUCCCAGCGUGGGCAUGCUCAGUGUGUCACCUCAAAGUCCAGAUAAUAGUCCUGCGUCGAGCGAAACUAAUUUGGACACCUAUAGUAGUAGUAGCCUCGUUUGUGGGAACAACAGCCCUAAUGAAGAUGCCGUUGGAGAAUUCGAAAGACCGGAAUCGAGGUUAGCGUUUGUCAAUAAUAAAAAUGCCGACCUCAAAGCUGGCCUAGAAAAACUCAGUCUGCUGAACGACGGAGAUUCUGCCAAAGUCUCCAACUUGUUCAACCACGAUGAGGAUAGCAACAUGGAAGGUGCUUGCGGACCUAUGGAACAAGAGGAUGAAAAGAUGGAAGAAGAUGAUUUCAUGGAAGAGGAUGAAAGUCUUUGGUCGGGAACAAUUUCUUCGAGAUACCAAUGUGAAGAAGGAGAAUGUUCGGUGCAAUCGUGCUUAAAUCAGUUUACGGAAUGCGAACUCAUGGCAGGCAAUAACAAAGUGAGCUGCGAAAUGUGCACCAAACGACAUGGGGGGCCUAACAACAAACUGGUUUACACCGACGCUUCUAAACAGCUGCUCAUAUAUAACCCACCAGCUGUCCUUAUUUUGCAUCUGAAGAGGUUUCAGGUAUAUAGAUUCCGAUCGGCCAAAGUAUCAAAAUUUGUUAAAUUCACGACGCUCUUGGACUUAGCUCCGUUCUGCUCAAAAAGGUCCCAGAAUCUACCUACCUUCGAAGAAGGGCAGACCAAGGUGCUCUACUCUCUGUACGGUGUAGUCGAACAUAGCGGUUCCAUUCAUGGUGGGCAUUAUGUUGCGUACGUUAAAGUAAGGCCGCCUUUAGAAGAGAACAGCUACAGGUGGCAGUUUUUACCGAAAAAUCAAAGGCAAAAGGUGGACGGUUCCUCGAAAGGGGCCCAGGGAGCACCUGAAGUCCCGCCCGGAAGAUGGUUCUAUAUUAGUGACUCUUACGCAUCAGAAGUGCAGGAAUCGAAGGUUUUAGAGGCGCAGGCAUAUUUACUAUUUUACGAAAGGAUUAUGUAAUAUGUUUCCUAGUUGAAUACAGAAUGAACGUUUUUAUUUAUAUUAUGGAAAAUGUUCAAGAACGCAUAAUUAUUGCCGAAUGAAGUGCAAUGGAAAAUUGAUUGUAUUUGUGACGCCUUGCCGGAUUUUUGGCUCUACUAUCAUUUUGGUAUUUGAUUUUUUUUGUGUAUUCAUUUGAAUGAAUUUCAAUGUAAUUUUUGCGACUUUUGCCCUUGAGAAAUCUCGAAAUCUGUUGGAAAGGAUACUGGACUAGUAUUGAAAAUAAAUUUUCUAACCAGUUA